AUGAUGAUUUAUAUCUUAUCUCUUUUCUGACUGGUACGAGGUAUAUACCUUGAAGAAAAUAUUGGCGAUCUCUAUCUGGCUGAAGGCGAAACUUAUGAGCUUAAGUUAUCUGAUUAUUUUUUCGGGAAUAAUCUAACUUAUCAGAUCUCUGAAACAGACGGUAAAGAAGACGAAAUUUCAAUUAAAGGUGAUAUCAACUUUAAAUUGCUUUCUUUUCUACCUUUUAAAUUUCAAGCUAGCAAUGAUUCUUUCAAUUUGGCAGACCAAUCUUACAAGUCUUGGAAUUUGAAAACUUCUUUAGUUUUCUGUAGUUUCUAUCAAAAUUAUAUUUAUAUAUAUCAAAUUCCACAUGGCGAAAGAAAUAUUACCUUAAUCUAUGCAGCAAAAAUUCAAACUCAAUUUCUUAGCCCAACUAUAGAAAAUGUUCAAAAUAUCAAAAGUGAAAAUGAGCUGAUUUUUCUCAUAUAUAUUCGGCAGCAAGAAAAUAUAGAUAAAAGUUUAAAAUGGAGGAAUGAUUUUUAUAUCUUAAAAGCCACAAAUGCUUUAGAAAUUGAAGAGCCUAUCCUGCUCGAGUUAAGCCCUUUAACUUAUGCUUCAAAAAUUGUUAUGAGCAAUGGAGAAAGUUCUCUGGAAAUUUCUCUUUAUGCCGAAUUUCUUAACGAAAAUAUUCCAAAUACAAUUUACUUUUAUGAUUUCACGUAUCCUUAUCACCCAAUUAAUUGUUUCAACAUCACAAAGCACUUUGGCUUUAGUUCUCCAGAUCAGCAAUUAUCAGUUAAAGGCAUUUUGCACAAAAUGAUUCAGAUAUAUGUUCUCGAUGAAAAUAUUGGAUUGUUGACGUAUGCUAAUAUUUUUCCACGCAAAUUAAGAGAAAACUACUUUGUUGACCUUAGAUCUUAUGGAGAUUUAAUUUCAAUGUGAUUUUUGAGUGGAAAAUAUAUGCCAGUAGAGCUAAUAAAUAUUCGGACCAGCCUAGGUAGUAUUUUAAUUCAUAUGGGAGGAGACGUAAAAAGAUGAAUUCCAAACAGAGAAAAUAAUGAAAUAAAAUAUGAGACAUUGUUUUCUCAAUUAUAUGAUGAUUAUUUUAUGGCAAGCUAUGUCCAUAAAAACGAAUCUAUUUUAUCGAUUAUAGAUAUAAACAGCCCACUGGAAACGCUAAUAGAUAUAAACAUAGAUAAUUUAAUUGGGAAUACUUAUAAUCCCAGAGGCAUGUGAAUGAUUAUAAAUAAUUUUCCUGAUGAUGAAAUUUUUUACGUGAGAAGUGAUAUUGAUGGGCUAAGACAGUUCUCUCUAAAUUUUGAACCUUUUAAACUGAAAAUUACAGGAAAUUCAAAUUUCAAAGCUGUAAUAACAGCUAAAGAAAAUGAUUCUUCUAUAUCGAAUUCUCUAAACAUAUUUUCAAUCCCACUUGGAUCUAAAAAUAUAAUUCCCAUUAGUAAUUAUAGGCCAGCAAUAGUUGAGCCUAUUUCUUUAAUUUUUGAUGCACACUGCAAAGAAAUAAUGUUUCCGCUUAGAUCUUAUUUUUCAGGUCCAAAUUUAAGCUACACGAUAGAACCUUCUAAUUCUGCUCUAUUUUCAUAUAAUAUCAGUAUUCCAAAUAAAGUUGAGCUGUAUAAAAGAGUUACAGUUCCUAAAGAAACUUUAUGAGUCGAGUACAAAGAUGCUUCAAUAAUUCACUACUACAAAGACUAUAUAGAAAUAACAAGAGAAGAAAUUUGAAAUAUCACCAAGCCAAUCAAUAUUGUCAGCACGGAGAAAUAUGCAUGAAUAUAUUGGAAAACUCAAGAGUCUAUUCCUAUGAUAUCAUCUUAUAUGUUAAAGGAUUAUUCAGCUAUAGAAACUUGGGAGUCUGAAACAGAAUGCUCUAUUUUUAAGCAUGAUAUUAAUUUCAUGUUUUUUGUAUGUUCUGAUCGAAAGCGAAUUGAUAUUUAUUUAGCUUUAGACUACAGCUCUAAAAAAUGAAUUACUUUAGCAGGAGAAAACUUCAAAGAAGGAUUUCAAUGGAAUUUAAAUGAAAUUUUUAUUUAUCCAAAAUCUUUUCAAAAGUCUUUAAUAUAUGGUUAG